GUCAUCCCUUGAGUUUCCCAUUUCUGCUUGACUUUUCAGUACCUGAACAUUCUUGAACCCCAUUGUUAAAGACCCUUUUCAUUUCUUCAAGCUUUUUGCCCAAUCAUUAUUAGGUUUCAUCCAAAAGAUUCAAAGAUAGUGACUUUUUACGUUUACAUUCUUUGUGUAAAGAAAAGACGGAAGUCUUCAUUUUAUGCCCUCCACCUUUGACGAAAUGCCUAGCCUGAGUUCUGGGGUUCUUGAGAAGCUUGUUGAAGAAAUGGGAAGUGACCCAAAGGCCCUGAACGGUGAUCGAAAACCGGUGUUAUUACAAAUCAGGAGCAUCAUGCCUGUUUUAGCAGAAGGUGAUCUUUGGCCCAAUAAAGGGUUUUACUUAAAGGUUUCAGAUGCUGCACACACAAUGUAUGUGUCAUUGCCUCCAGAGCAGGAUGACAUGGUUCUUUGCAACACAUUGCAACUAGGGCAAUUGAUAUAUGUCGAAAAGUUGGAGGUGGCGCGGCCAGUGCCUGUGCUUAGAGGUAUAAACCCUGUCCCGGGCCAACUAAUUCCCUGUGUUGGACAGCUUGAAGAUCUCGUUUCCAUUGAUAAGUUUGUGGAUUUUAAAGGGGCGUCUGAUUUACUAUUUGUAAUGGAAAAGAAUAGUAACGUGGGGAAGAAGCCACAGUCAAAAUUUCGAUCUUUGAGGGCCUCUAAGGCCCGCCCAAGCGAGAAGAUCUCAAGGAUAUGUAGGUCCGGAAGCGGUGAUGUUGUUGACAAGGAAAUAUGUGAGGUGACAAAGGGGUCAAGAAAAGUGAGCUCAAGAUAUGUUGAGAGUGAUUCUGAAAGCACAACAUCUUCUUCCUCGUUGACACAAACUGCGAGGAGAAGGAGCUGGAUUGGACCAGAAGCUGCAGAUUUCCCACUUGUAAAGCAUGAGAUAAAGCCAAGUGCUAGGCGCAGCCGUAGUGCGCAUGUUUCUCCAGUUCGUUCUACAAGAAAUGGUUCAGAUGACAAUUCAAGUUGUAAAAUAAAAAGAACAAUUAGCUUUGAUCAAGCUAGGAAAUCAAGUAAAAACUCCAACAAUAAGAUCUCAGUGUACGCGAAAAAUUGUGAGCAGCCCUUAGAUCCUCCAGUGACGGUUAAUUUGGCCAUUGAUAGUAACUGGUCAGAAAGUAAUAUACAAUGGAACUCCCUUCCUCCAACAUUAGUGACUCUGGGAAAGGAGGUGUUAAGGCACAAAGAUGUUUCUCUGCUUGCUGCAGUGGAGGCUUUGCAAGAGACUUCUGUUGCUGAGAGAUUGCUGAAAUGCCUAAGUACAUACUCAGAACUUCAAUUAGCCGAAGGGGAGGAGCAUCUUCCGUCAAUUAUUAAAUUCUUCGAUCUUCAAGACUACUUGGUUCAUACUCGAUUAAUUGUUCAGUCAUUGACCAACAUCAGUCCUCUUAGAGAUGAUGACACAAAUCUAGGCAGCCCUGGUUCCAUCAAGGAAGCAUUGAUACUUGCAGUGGACCGGAAGAAAAAUGCAACAUCAUGGAUUAAAGCAGCAAUGUCAUCUGAUCUUUCCCCAUCUUUUUCUCUUGAUAGUGUUCCAAUGAAGGCUACAAAUUCAUCAAAUAAAUCAAGUAAAACUUGUGGUAAUGUACCAAAGGGUACACUUAUAGUUAAGAAGCAAAAGAAUGAUGCUCAUAUUGGAUUGGUCUCGGAGAGAGAAAACUUGCACGAUUGGGUGAAGGGAAGUGCUUUAUCCGCAGCUGCAGACCUGGAAAAAUCCUUACAUGAUGAAUGCAGGAAAUGGUUUUUGGCUACCUUUGAGAGUUACCUGGAUGAGGUUAAGAGCAGAACCGAUUUUAUGGAAUCGGAUAGCCAAGUAGCCGAGACUAUGUGUCAGAUUAAGAAAGUUGGAGACCGGUUGGAUGUGAUUGUCAGCAAAGAAGAUUCUGAAUUGGAAGCUUAUGGGAGGAUCAAGGAGAAGAUAUAUGGGGUACUUCUGAAGAAUGUGGAGAGGACUACUAUGGUUAUGGAACAAAUGAAUGCAAUAUUCAAUGUAGACAAUGGGCAACAAUGAAUUGUAUUAGUUUGAAACAAUGCCAAAAUGUUAGGUGACCUGAAAUGUUCUUACAGUCACAUAUGCACUUGUAAAUAAUGUAGAGUUUUGUAUUUUGUUCAGUGUAAAGGAACUAAUUUUAUUGGU